AUGGCUGCCCCUGGGCUGCCCGGCCCCCCUCCUAGCUCCCAAGGCUGCGGAGGACAGCAGAUGGGACGGCCCGGAGGGAGCCCCACAAGACGGUCCUGGGCACCUCUUGCAAACAUCAGCAUUGCACAAACAGGUGUGCCUGAAAAACAGGUGUGGUCCGUAGCCACAAACCCGAGCUGCCAGGACAGGCCCUUCCAGCUGCAAAAGCCUUCCUCACUCCAGCGCUGUGGUGUGGCCCAGUGCCCUUCCGCAGAACACAGCAGGCCAAUGCUCUCCGGUCUUUCUCCGGCCACCGAGAGCCCAGACGGCAAGAAGCAGGCGCCCAAGAGCUGCAUCUACUUUUUCUUCCCCAUCCCUAAUAAAGCACAAUUCCUUAUACUCCUUUCUGAUGCAGUCACCUCCGAGGGGCAGGGAGACACAGAGGUUGGAGCGGUCACCUGGCUUCCAGAGUGCAGGUUGGACCUGGCUUCCCGGCAGAACUAUUAUCCAGGCCCCGGAAAUUACGGGGAGAAGGGUAACCCAUACACACGGCUGGAGGAGAAUGCUUGGAACCGCUCACAUUCCGAGGGCCUUAUGUGUCGGAUGUCCAACAAGCCGCCCCCCUUAUCUCACCAGGGCAGUGGCCUGGGACCUGGGACCUACACCAUCAAAAGUGGCAUCGAGAACUAUGUGGCACAGUCCACUGGCACUCGUGGCCCCUAUGACAUUUUCUCUGGUGAACGAAGCAAGCCUGUGCCCUAUGGACAUUAUUCCUCGCAGAAAAAGAAACCCAGGGAACCAACGAGUUACAAGAGCUUCGUGGACGAACUUAACUCGGCUCACAACAAGAAACGUGGGGUUUUUUCCACAUAUUCCCGAGAACCGAAAAAACCCACAGAGAGAAUUUAUUGGACUACCCUUAGUCAGUACCCCAGAAAUAUGAAUAUAGCUGGCCCUGGUUCUUGGACUCCUCAUGAGACGGAACAGAAACACGUCAACCGGCCACCAUUCCUCCUGGCCUCCAAGCGCUCAGGCAAUAAGGCCUACCAGAUGAUUAUGGGAAGCUGGAACCCAGUUGGGGUAGGCCGCUACCUCAACACCACACUAAUGGAGACCAAGGACAGACGGCAGCGAUACCGUUCUCUGUUCCUGAACGGAUCCAAGCGCUACCUGCAAGACCUAAGCCGAGACCAGCUCAUGCAGGAACGGAUUACACCUUUUACAAAGGGCAAAUGCCCUCCAACUGUGGAUUACAAUUCAGAUCCUGUUCCUUAA